CACUGCGCAUGCACGGCUCCCUCAGACACAGCAGAUCAUGGAAAGAGCCGAAGGUGUCGGCUCGGUCAUGUGAUCAGCUGUGUCCAAUCACAGCUGAUCACAUCUGUCACGCUGACAGCUCAAGAGGAGAUUAGAGCCAGGCACUGAUGAUCAGUGUGCCCUGAUGAUCAGUGUGGCCCCAGAAGUGCCAGCUGUCAGUGCUCAUCUGUGCCACGUGCCAGUGCCCAUCAGUGCCACAUCAAUGCCACAUAUCAGUGCAUACCAGGGCACAUCAAUGCCACAUAUCAGUGCCCAUCUGAGCUGCCUUUCAAUGUCACCCAUCAGUGCCAGUCAGUGCCACCUAUCAGUGCCACCUAUCAGUGCCAGUCAGUGUCGCCUAUCAGUGCGCAUCAGUGCCAGUCAGUGCCGCCUAUCAGUG